UGCUUACCAUCCAUGUACUGCCAUUACUUUCUCAGGAGGGUACACCUGUAUCAUUAGAGAAACAACAUCUGGACAUCUGACUGGUUUAAUUUUCACCGCUGAUUUUUAUUCUAACAGUGUUUUCAUUAUUAUUUUAAAACACUACUACAAAAAAUCUGCAUUAAUGAUGGCAUAUGUUUCAGUGAACAGCGCUAGCAGUGUUCAGAAAGCGCCGCGCAACCCAAAGUGUGCAAGGUGCAGAAAUCAUGGGUUCGUGGUGCCGCUGAAAGGGCAUUCAGGUAAAUGUCAGUUUUUUUCAUGCAAGUGCUGGAAAUGCUCCCUCAUAACCGAGAGGACGAAGAUAAUGGCAACACAGCGACGACUGAAGAAAAGUCAAAGAGAUGAGAUUGCGAUCAAGGAAAGUUUGGCGGUUUUAGCCAAUCAAGCUAGCACUGCUACAGUCAAUGGUGAUGUGCUGGAUAUACACACAUUGCCCCAUGCAACCGUACACGAGGCUUCGAACGCCAGCCUCAGGUCGGACGGUGUCAGUCGCAUGCCAGCAGGAGGAACUGAAGACAGCAAAACUUUCGUGGAAUUGGAGGUAGCUCCUAAUGCUUUAAAUGGCCAUUUCACCAGGCAGACUACUGGUGGUGGAAUUGAGGUUGGAGUUGGGGGAAGCCGAUCUUCUGGUCCGGUUUGUGGAGCACCGGAUGCCCUCACAAUGAAUAGAAACUCCGGUGAAAUGGUGGCAGAGAGGGUCCAAAGAAAUGUCUACAUGGGCGAAAGGAUGACCGUACCCCUACAUGUAUAUUCUUACCCAAACGGAUACGCAUGUCCUGCCAUUUUAGUCAACCUACAGCCACAGGUGCCAUUCAAGGACCCAUUCACCUUUCGUCACUCUCAGUCUGGCUUGGCUUAUGCAUCAGAUCCCGUCUCACCUCAGGAUGGUUGCAUGCCAGUAUUCACUCCUUACUCAAUGUCGUGUCCUGGGUUGCUGGAGGAGGUUCCCAUGAGACACCAUCUGUAUUUCCCUCAACACAGGGAGUCUGGAGGAGGGAGGUUAAUGUCAAGGGCCCACCUUGAUUCAGCUGAAAAACUGCAGGACAGCCAGGGCUCUGACAUCGUAUCAGUGGAUGAUUCUUCCCAGGACACCGCAUGACACAGAGGAUUUAGGAUUUCCUGACAGCAUGAACUCUCUACAUUACAGUACUUAACUUGAAUCAGUUAAAUCACUUUUAACAAUUUAAGUAUAGCUAUGAAAACUUUGCAAUCUGAAAAUUAUUGAAUGAAUUUGAAUCACAUGUUUGCAGAGAGAGAAUUCUUAACAUUGAUCUCAAUAAAAGUUUUU